AUGUUUCGUCCUGCUGUCAGAGCGCUCGCUCGCGCGCCUGUCACAGCCCGCACGCCAGCGACUAGCCGAUUGAUAAGCACUGCUCCGAAGAAGUCCAGAAGCUGGAAAAGUGCUGCUGUUCGGUGGGGAUUGGCUGGUGGUGUUGUGUACUACUACAACACUAGUGAUGUUUUCGCUAAGGAGCCUUCCUUCUCCAUCCUCUCUUCAUUGCAAACCGACAAUGGCGAUGAAUCCCUCCCGACCCUUGACUCCGUCGUCCCCAAGAUCCGUGAAGAGCGGAAGGCCGAAAAGGUCGCUCUUCAAGGUGGCUUGAACCAGCUUGAGGAAGAGGCUGGCCAACAAGCUGCAUUCAACCCCGAGACUGGUGAGAUCAAUUGGGAUUGCCCUUGUCUAGGCGGUAUGGCCAGCGGCCCAUGUGGAGAGGAAUUUAAGGCAGCGUUCAGCUGCUUCGUGUACUCUGAAGAAGAGCCCAAGGGCAUUGAAUGCAUUGACAAGUUCAAGGGUAUGCAAGAUUGCUUCCGGCUACAUCCCGAUGUGUACGGCGCCGAGUUGGAAGAUGACGACGAAUACGAAGGUGGAGCUCCCGCUCCCUCUGAGCAACAACCCACCACCCCCGAGGAUGAUGCCCCUAAGGAAGAGUCCACCGGCGAGACUCUGAUCACCAAGGCCGCUCAUGGCACAGAAGAGAAGACCGAGAAGGCUGAGAAAUAA